GAGGGUCCUUUUACUACUCCUAAGUCUAUUCGCCGCGUCAUGGGCGGAAGAACAAGUGGCCAAAGAGCCCAGGGUUGUGGAGAUGACUAUAGGAGUAGACAUGAAGCCCCCUGAGGAGUGGGACAGUCUACCCACGAGGAAUGUCGUCACCAGCUGGAUAUCCAUGCCACUAGAUCACUUUGACCCUCAUAACUCAAGAACUUUUCGAAUGAGAUUCAUGUUCAACGAAGAAUUCUUUGGUGGCGAUGGAUCUCCGAUAUUCAUCCUAGUUGGUGGAGAGUGGGCCAUCGACCAUCGUUGGUUGCUGGCUGGCAAUAUGUACGAGAUGGCCCGAGAGAACAAAGGAUACCAGAUAUACACUGAACAUCGCUAUUAUGGAGAAACUAAAAUUUUCGAUGAGUUCACUGCUGCAAACUUACGUUUCUUGAACAUUGACCAGGCGCUCGCUGACCUUGCGUAUUUCAUAGUAGAGAUGAAGAAACAGGCGCGCUUUGCUAACAGCAAAGUGAUAUUGUACGGAGGAUCAUACGCUGCUAACAUGGUGAUGUGGUUCAAGAAGCGUUAUCCUCACUUGGUGGUCGGCUCCGUUGCAUCCAGUGGACCGAUCCUAGCCAAAGUUGAUUACCCUGAAUACUUGGAAGUGGUACAUGAAGCUUUUUUACUGGAGGGAGGAGAACAGUGCAUAUCACACAUUCGACGAGGAAUAGAUGACACACUCGCCGCUUUACGCACAGAAUCUGGAAGACGCAUGGUGGAACAGGCGUAUAGGCUCUGUGGCCCACUGAAUUACGAUAAUGUCUUUGACAUGGGAUACUUUGCGGGGCUUAUCACUUGGAGUUUCUCCGGUGCAGUGCAGCGAGCAAGGCCGGGAACUUUACUAGAUGCUUGUAAUCAUUUCCAGGCUGGAACUUUUGGAUCAACUCCAAUGGAGCAAAUUGGUGGAUUCAUAGCAGCCAUUCAAGGACUAAGCUGGAACGGCUGUUGGACUAUUACUUAUGAGGCUUUACUCAACGCAUACAGUCACAGAACUAAUUCUCGUGCGUGGUACUACCAAACCUGCACUGAAUAUGGAUUUUUCCAAACUGCGCCUAGAUCCGGCACUGUGUUCGAUGAUUUGAAGUGGCUUGACGUGGACUUCUAUACCGACAUUUGCCUUAAAAACUUUGACAGCAGAUUUAACAAAGAUUUCAUCCUUGCUGCGGCUGACCGCGUGAAUUUAGUUUUCGGUGGCCUCGGGCCCGAAGUGAACAAUACUAUCAACAUCCACGGGUACAUCGACCCUUGGCGGGCGCUCGGUGUUUAUAAAGAAGACAUUUCAGAGACCUCUCCUACUUUUACUGUAAACAGGGCAUCCCAUUGUUUCGACAUGCAAGCCUGGCUGCGUACUGACACCAUACAAAUGACAGCUGUUCAGCAAAGAGCAAGAAGAAUCGUGGCGUCGUGGUUAUCCCAAUAA